GAGUAAGAUCCAGAAAAAAUAGGCGUGUGUAAUUGCUCAACUGUGGACUUUCCAAAACUACCCAGAAAUUCAUUUAAUGAACUAUGAUAGACUUUGCCCGAGCUUCAGAAUUUUAAAAAACCUCCCACAGGAAUUGAAACUGAGCGUUCCAGAGGAAUUUUCCAAUAAACCACCAACAUCUUUGGGUCCCUGAAGAGCUGAGACUUAAAGGCAAAAUGUCACUGGAGAGAUUCCCAGUGCUGACAAUACACAAAUAAAUAGCAAUGAUUGAAAACAUAACGCAAUAUCGAAUCACGCCUCGUCACCUGUGAGCCAGACAGCAUGACCCAAACGGAGGAUUUAGAAAAGUCUAUGCUUCGAUCUCAUCUAAGAACAUGCAGAACAGAAAUCGCAAUGGCCGUCCACGACCCUUUCCCGCUGCUGUACGGCCUGGCGGAUCAUGACAUCAUCUCUGACCAACUCCUCGAGGAAACUCUGGAAAGAAAAAAGAAAGAUGGGAUUCAUAAAGCGGUGUAUUCCCUCCUCACAUGGCUGCUGGAGCAGGACUCGACCAUCCUUCAAUCUUUCUGGAACAAUCUGUCCAAAGAGUACAAUCAGGAGAGUUACCCCAAACUGCAGAACCUCUUCGCUAAUUUACCUAAAGGUCUGAGGUCAGGACGCAGGUCUGUUAAAAGUCCAAAACCUGAGCUGCAGAGUCGGGCUCAUCACAGCAGGAAGAGGGGAAUGGGAGACAAACAGCUGGUGCUUCCGGCUCAGAAUUAUGGCAAGAAAGUGCUACAAAUCCGCUCAGGAGGGAAAGGAAAGCCUCUGAGGAAGACAGACAGUGCGUCUCUCUCUCAGCUUUCACUGAGCAACGGCGUGCAGUCGGUGUCCACAUCAGUCCAGCAUGCUGUCACUCUGUCUGCUGGAGAACUUCCUGUGGAGGAGAUUCUUAUCCAACAAGUCAUCGAGAGUGGAGGAGCCAAGAAGUGCAUCAAGGUCGGGGGAGAGUUUUAUUCCUCCUCUACGUUGGAGGAGGGGACUGCAAGUGGUCACAUGACCCAGCUGGGACAAACUCACAGUCACCAGCAGGGGGAGACUCACGUCCGCCUGAUGGAUGUGGAGCAUAAUGAUGAUGAGUGUGCAGUGUGUAAGGAUGGUGGUGAGCUAAUUUGCUGUGACGGAUGUCCUCGAGCCUUUCACCUCACCUGCCUGGUGCCUCCGCUCACCUCCAUACCCAGUGGCUCGUGGCGCUGCGGAUUGUGUAAUGGCAGCAGAGCGACAGUCGAGAAGACGUACGCAACACUGCAGUCUCCGAAUCCUCCUCCUCCUCCUCCACCACCCCUAACGGAGAGCAGCUCCAACUCAACGGUGGAUUUCUCUUUCUUCUCCUCCUCGACCUCAGUCUCCACACUCACGAGCAGCACCAGCACACAGCCUGCAGCGUUCGAGAACCUGGACCCGGACCCGGUGGGCAUGAGGAAGUGGUGUGGGAUUUGCCACCUGAGCCGAGGAGAACUGAUUGUCUGCCCUGAGUGUCUGCAGAGCUUCCACCUACACUGCAACUUCCCCAAUGGGAGAGCGAGAUGUAGGAUGUGUUCAAGGCCGUGGCUGUCAACUGAGACGGAGGCAGCAUCCAAAACUGUGCAGGGACCUCUAUGUUGUACAGAUCAGGGACCUGCUCAUUGUGAAGAGCAGAACCUUAACAAAGAGGAGCUGGACUCGUACAUGGGGGAGACUUCCAUCGAUGGAAUCCUACAGUGGGCUUUCCACAACAUUUCACGCCCUCUCUCUGACUCACAGGGCUACUUCCAGUGACUUCACAUCUCCUAGAACACAAUGAUACUGUAUACUACGCAGGAAAUACAAGACACACACACACACACACACACACACACACACACACACACACACACACACACACACACACACACACACACACACACACACACAGGUCAUUCUUAAAAAGAUUAUAGGUUCCUCCUUUAUGUAUUUCAGUGUUUAGAUGAACAUUUUGUCUUGGUAGAUAAUUAGUAAUAAUAAUAAGAUAUGGUGAUACAUAUGAUACAUGGCCUGAAACUUUAUAAACACAUACAGUAUAAAACAUGUAUGUACCCUGUAUAAUUUCCUGUACCCUUGUGGUGGCUUUUUAUUUUCAUGAGCAGCUACAGCAGUAUUUCAGACCCUCUGACUAAACUUCACAGACAAAACAAGCAGAAUGAUUUGUUCCAAAAGAUUCAGUGUCACAAUUAACUCGCGAUUUUUCUCCUUUAAAAUGCUUAAUGUUCUUGAACUUGCCCAGUACUUUUGGGGGACAUUUUCCCAACUUGUAAUUAAUCUUUUCACAAUGUGCAACAUUUUAAAUUGAUAACUUUAAAAUUGAUCAUGUAGAAAGUUUUAGUAGAAAGGCUUAUGUUUGUUCUGAGCUUACUAAGUUUUUUGUGAAUUAAAUAUUCAUUCAUUUUCUACCGCUUAUCCGAACUUCUCGGGUCACGGGGAGCCUGUGCCUAUCUCAGGCGUCAUCGGGCAUCGAGGCAGGAUACACCCUGGACGGAGUGCCAACCCAUCG